GGAAAACUCACUAAGGGGAUAAUCAAAACUAGUUAAAGUAGCACAGGAGGAAAUUCGCAGCCUGGUCACCUCAAGAAAGUUGAUAAUUUUCACACUUGCACUUACAGCCAAUCAUUACUUAAUCAGUAACUUGUGUGAUAUAGACUACUUUGUAAAUGUUUUGUUGAAUUGUUUGCCAAUCUUGUACGCCUAGCAUGUUUCGCCGUUCCUCCUGUCUUGUGCAUGUUUGCGAUGUGCCGACUUCUAUCUCAGUUAAAGCGCUUUCAUUACUUUACUUUAAGAUCCUUUGUGAAAAGUUUCUGUUAAAUUUGCGCGUCUUAAGAUACUUCAUUCCGCUCUUGCAGCGUCAAAUGUAACUAGUAAAUCGUUUUUUACAGUCUCGACGACUUGCGAGGUCUUUUCGGUUGACCAGAUAUUUCUUGGAAUGUUCUUCCAUUAUGUUAUGUAUCCUUGGACUUAUUGCAAAUCAAGUCUCUAAUGUCGUCUUCAUUAAGCACUUCCUGUGUAUAUAGCGUGAAUUAAACCAUGAGUAAAAAGCCAUUUUUGAACUGUCGACUUCGCUCAGCGGUAGCCUUGUCAUCAUGAUUGCAAAAAACAAAUGCCUUAUUUUACAACUUGCAGCAAUGAACUCUAUAUGUACACGAUGGUUGAAAUCAAUUUUCGCUGCACGCUGGUUGCUCAUCUUCUUUGCUUCGAACGAGGUCAGUAUGUUGCAAGGCGUUACCAGCCCGGAGCUUCUCAACGGUUGAAGCUUUAUAGCUUCACGAUGAGUUCUACAAGCUCAAGUUUGACGUAAUCGUCCUUACUUAGAGUGUAACAAAAUCAUAUUGACAACUGCUAUCUUAACACAACGAUUUGUAACUUUUUACAAUUUUUAUACACAUAGUUCGAAAUACUAUAGAUUCACUUUGGUUGUCUUCAUGACCCCCGUCCGCCUCGAAGCGGUUCUGACGCCGUGCCUCCUUUGCAGGUGCCGCUGCCCUGCCGCCACCGCGGGUCCCGGACGUGCUGCGUGGUGUCGCUGCGCUGGAGGAGGUUGCUGCCCGGAACCCCAACGAUGACCGCCUUGGCGCCGCACGCAACGCCCAGACUGCGGCGGAUGUGGUUGGAAUCUGCCGAGGCGCCAGACGCACUGCCACUCGCGCUGCCCACUGUGUUGCGGGGCGCCUCGAGCGGCUGCCUGCCAGUGCACUCCCUGGACGCUCCCUGCUCCCGCUGCCCGACAGUGCGUCCGCGGAGCUGCCGUGGCUGCGGGCCGAUGUGGCCGAACCUGGAGCUAAAUUUCACUUUAAACAUGUCGUGUACUCCAGGAACAAGUGUCAACACUUGCGACUUCACGUGGCGUCGGUCACCAUGUACACUGCACAUUGUAGAUGCCUGACACAAACCCCAUACGGCAAUGAGCAGUUUACUCGAUGGUUGAUUCCACGCGAAGAAGCACAAAGCGUUUUCACUUACGUUUUCGCUUCAUAACUACCACUUAAUUAUAUUUGUUGGUGCAUCUGUAGCCGUGGUUUAUUUUCUUAAAAGAAACUAGUAAACGUUUUUCGUUACCUUCGUUUACACUGUACGCCAUCUGCUUGUUUUUGUGAGUGUCUGAUUCUUUUCUGAGCAUUCUUUUGUGGAUGAAAAUCCACUGCUCCCGUAAUCUCAUUUUGGUGGCGGUCCUGGAUGCUUCGGGUGCUUGCUUGUACUGCAUGAGGCUGUGAAUUCGGUGUGAAAAACCAAGAGUUUCUAACGCCAAGUGCCUUCCAGGUAUUCCCUGCAUUGCUGCCAAGAGUGCCUUUUGCGUGGACGACUUUGGUCCACACGGUCCCCUGCUGUCCCAGCCGCAGUCCUUGGACAGCCACGGCGCGCAUCACAGUGGCAGCCAAUCCAGAGCAGCUCAGGACGUGCCAGACUCCGGGGAGACGAGUUCCAGUGACGUGACGGUUGUGGAAUUGAAUGUGGAAGCCGAGCAGCGGGAAGGCCCUGGUGAUGCGGCCUUUCUUUGGAACGCUGCGACGAUGAAGUCUGAGGAAGGAGCGGGCGUGCACGAGGAAGCCAGGGAUCCGCUGGCCGCAGCGGAAGCCGUGCCCUCUGUCCAGGAGUGUCUUCGGAGCCUCGACAGCCCUAGUGCUGCUCCACCCAGUUUGCCCCGUUUUCAGCUGAAGCGGGAUCCGCUGGCCGCAGCGGAAGCCGUGCCCUCUGUCCAGGAGUGUCUUCGGAGCCUCGACAGCCCUAGUGCUGCUCCACCCAGUUUGCCACUUUUCCAGCUGCAGCGGGACCUGCACACACAGCACGGCGCGGCCUGCCGAGGUGGCGACUCGGAAAGCGACGUCCAGGGCGUGGCUGCGGACGAGGCCCAGCAGCUCCUCAUCGCCGAGACCUUCUCGCUGGCAGUGCCGGCUGGCGACGCAGUCCCGGUGGAGCAGGCCUCGCGCAGGGAGGCAGGCAGGAAGGCGCGCCGCGGCUUCAAGUGUGGAGAGUGCGGCGAGUGUUUUGGUGCGGAGGCGGCAUUGAGGCGGCAUCUGGCGAGGCACGCCAAGGGCGGGCCGCACUCGAGCGGGCUGUGCGGCAAGGGGUUCACUAGUGCAAAGGAUCUUGUCAGGCACGAGAGGAGCCACACCGGGGAGAAGCCCUACCAGUGUGAAGAGUGCGGAAAGAAGUUUUCCGAUUCAAUUCACAAGAGAAUCCACACCGGCGAGAAGUCCUACCAGUGCAACGAGUGCGGGAAAAAGUUUUCUGAUAUAAGCCAUCUUCACGUGCACAAGAGGAUCCACACUGGGGAGAAGCCGCACCAGUGUGAUGAGUGCGGAAAGAAGUUCUCUCGGUCAAAUAUUCUUCAAGUCCACAGGAGGAUUCACACCGGCAGGAAGCCCUACCAGUGCAACGAGUGCGGGAAAAAGUUUUCUGAUAUAAGCCAUCUUCAUGUGCACAAGAGGAUCCACACUGGGGAGAAGCCGCACCAGUGUGAAGAGUGCGGAAAAAAGUUUUCUGUUGCAAGUCAUCUUAAAGUUCACAAGAGAAUCCACACCGGCGAGAAGCCCUACCAGUGCAACGAGUGCGGCAAAAAGUUUUCUGAUCCAAGCCAUUUUCACGUGCACAAGAGGAUCCACACAGGGGAGAAGCCGCACCAGUGUGACGAGUGCGGAAAGAAGUUCUCCGCAUCAAAUGUUCUAAAAAGGCACAGGAAAACUCACUAA